AUGUCAGCGAAAGAUGUGAAGAAACAAACUGCCAAAUAUGAUCUUUAUCACAGAAUACAUUCCAUAGCUACGGAUUGUGAGUUUGUCAAUCGGGUAAGGGAGGGAUGGUAUGGUGGGAGAUUUGAGAUAAUCCCCAAUCAGAGAUGUGGGAAUUGGUAUUGCGACCCUUCUUCUUCUUCUAACAUUCACGCGUAUUUUAAAUCUACAGACGGGCAUAACAACAACUGGCAAUUUAAUUUACGUCGAUCCAACCUUUCUUUGGCGGAAUAUGCUGAGCGACGUGGUGGAAUCAUCCUCGUAGACUCCACCAGGAGAGGGAAACGUAUGCCCGACGCAUUAUCUAAAACUGUCCCUAUCUGGUGUGCGGUCAUAAAUCUAGUUGUCAAACUCCGACAUCUUCGAAGUAAAUGGUCAACGUGGAAUACUUCCUUGUACACCCCUCCGAAUAUCGUCUCAUCCAGUGAAAAAUCUCAAAUCGAAGUUCUUAUCCCUGAAUGGGCAGAAAAAUUGCUUGACUCUUCUUUGAUCAUUCCUCAACUUAAACGUCCUCUUCGACCUUUUUUCCUUCAUCCAGCUACUUCUUCACCUCCACAAAUACCAGAUGACCCAGAGUGGACAUCGAUCAUUUGUCUUUCGGCGUCAAGAUGGGUAGGAGGGGAAGAUGAUAUACCGGCUUCUACGAAAGUCGGCAAGAGGACGAAAGGGUUUGAAUAUGUUCAAGGUGCUGGGGAUGAUGAUGAGCUCUGGGCUAAAGGCUUGACCCCGGCCAUCUUUUAUAAACACAAACAAGUUCUUCUCUCGGCGGACCAAGACGAUUUGGAGAAACUCGUCUUUGAACUCGUGAAGAACGAAUCACACCAAGCCGCACCGUCGAUCACUCACUCCGGACCGGAGAUUCCAUUUGACCGUCUCACAAUUUCGGACCCAUUAGUGGGAAUCCCAACCUCCAACUCGCUUCUCGCUCUCGACAUUGGUCCGGCCGUGUCGUCUUUCUCUUGGCAAUAUCACCACAGAGAAGCCAUUACGAUAUAUCCUCUAACAAAUACCGACUUUUCCGGGAAUGUACCUCAUCUCGACGAUCACAGAGGUAAGAGGGGUAGAAGAUUCGUUCUGCUUCUUCCUUCUCCUCGUUCUUCCGGGAAAGCGUUCUCUCAAUCUUUGAUCAAAGCCAGGAAUUUUAUCUCCUCUCUUAUUGAGGAUGGUCAACCAGUGAUUCUUCGUCCUGGCCGAGUAGAACAUUGGGACCGAGCCAGGACUUCUUCGAAUAGGAUGGACGAGAUGGGUGGUUAUACGAUGGACGACGUAAUGCCUACUGUGGAAGACAGACGACGGAUAAUCCCCCUGGCUUUGUUGGCUUUGUGUUCCAUUCCCCAUCUAUCUCAAUUCUCUCCAAGUCAGCCACAAAACGAGGUUUUGGUGGACAAAUCAUACAUCGCUGACAUGUUAUACCAUUUGGUAUCUUUAUGGCCUGACGGUAAUCCUCCAAGGGCGGCGUUGAAAAGGGUGAAUGAGAUUUUGAUGAGUUGA